UUCAAGGAUCCCGAUGUGUUCAAGGAUCGGGAAAUGUUCACAAGCCGGUGUAGUUACAAAAUCAAGUGUAAGAAAUUACAUUCAUUUGGUUUUAUUAUGCACUAAUUUGUUUUCUUACGCUAUAUAGUAAGCUAUAUGCAUAUUUUAAAUUAAUAUAAUUCGUAUAUACUUAGGAUAAUCAUUAACUGACAGUUUGUGGAGACCCAAUUUCGAGGGAGGACCCGAUUUGUCAUGACACCGGGACUCGAACUCGCUGUCGACAUGCUGCCCACAAGGCUAUCGGCGCUGACCACACCUGACUUCGUAAACACGGCUUCCCACCACGUAAAUACAAAAUUCCCAGGAGGACUUGAACGAACCAUUAACGGAGCUUCCUGAGCUUCAGACACAAAUGAUAAAGUCCCGCCCUCACCUACGCCACGUGGCGUUAUUUGCUGGAGCAACACACCCACUGGCUAAAGCACAGCAAUUCAAGAAGAAAAUAUAAAAAUACAGGCACCAUCACACACAUCUAGUGGACUAUAAGUGAUGAUUUAGUGGCAUUACUUUAGUAUGAGCCUAUACUUUUUUUUUUCCUGCAUAGUGCACCUUCAACAAAACAUUCUUGAUGAUUGUCUGUUUAUCAAAAUUGAUAUUUUGAGACUCUUUAAAGUUUUAGUGCAAGGCAAUAACAUACAAAUGAAUUAGAAAGUACAUACUGACAUAUGCUGAGUCAGGAUGAUUAACUUGACACAAAUUACACAUUAAUGAUUCUGUUACUAUUAUUUACUUUUUUUUUAACUUUUAACUUUUUUAACGAAAUUAUCCCCCAUUUGGUCUAAUUGAAUUUACAUGUUUAUUUCUCCACUGAGAUGGAGUCAAGAUUUCUGCUGCCUAAGUCAUUAGUGUAAUUUUCUCACUGCUCCCCUGUAGGAAUGUGUGCCCUCCAUUGGUGAAUUCAGAUUACGUUUUAGUUUGGCCCCUCAGGGCUCCCGUUGGUUUAUGUUACAGUUUCUAUCAAUAGUGAAAGCUCUGAGGGCUCAGUAUAACACAACACACUCAGGUUGCUGUGUUCAGUUGGCCAUUUGCCGAGUAAAGAGUACGGUGCGGUCAUAAACAUGGAGGCCAGUCUAACGAAUCAGAGGGGGUCUUGUAAUAAAUGUGAAUCUUUUGAAUUUGAAUCUGUUGAGUUGGUCUAACUUGCAUUUUUCCAUAUUAAUGUUCCUAGAUUCCUAUCAAAGUUGAUAUUACACUGUCAAGCCAAACUGUACAUAGAAAAAAUGAUUUGCAACCACUUUCAGCCUCAAAGAGCAAGAAGAGACAGACGCUGUGUGUUUCAGUGUCAUUGGACUUGUCUGUAUUGUUGCAUGCUUGCCAAGAGGUUGCAACAUAAUGUGCAAAACUCUGCCUUUGUUUUGCUCCGCCAGAACAGGGUUUCAAUUAAUUUCAUUAACAAUUCUGCACAAACAUAGGAGCAGAUGACUCAAAUGUCACAGUAUCAGAUGUCAAACUGGCAAAUCGUUUCUCACACCAUACUACCCGCUCUCCAGUGAUGCUAGGUGGAGUCUAAGAUGUUCAAAGUGAAAAGAGCUUCUAAGAUGGAUAGAUAGAUAGAUGGAUAGGUAGAAAGUAAGUAUGUACAUACAUAGAGAAUGGUUUGUUGUUUCUAUCCUUGUCACCUGUUCAUGUCGGACAGUAUUUCCCAAGAUUUCUUCCUGAUUUAAUUAUGUAUGGCAUGGGUGACCACACUUCCUGAGCAUGCAGGUGUCCUCAUGUUAAUCAUGCCGCUUUUAUGCACCAGUUUGAGCAAUCCUUCUGUGAAGAAGACAGUUAAAAUAAUACAUUUAAACCGUUUUGUUGUGAGGCAUGACAACAAACCUCAUAAAUGAGGAAAUAUAUACAUAUAUAUAAGGCAUAAAUAGAGAAGAAGGCAUAAAUAAAGCUUUUCAGUUUCAUGUGUUGGGAUAAAUGCUCAAAGUGGAUGCAAAUCAUUCUCUCUUUUAUAUGAGGGUAUUAUAUUUGUCUCUGGUCGUUAACCAAAAAUUAUGGUCUUGUUAUGGUUGCAGUUGAAUUGUUGUUAUUGUGUUUGCCAUCUGAAUUCAUUCUGUCUAUACAAGUCUUUAAUUUAAACCAGCUACAUAGUGUAGAAAAUUAAAAAAUCUGGAUGCAGAUUUUGAUUUGCAUGCCAUUAUGAUUUGCAUACGAGCCACUGUGGUAAAUGGUGAGGAUGGUUAAAGGAUGGGAAGUCAUGUCACAUUUAUUUAUACGGCGCUUCAUAUGAUACAGAUAGUUAAUGUGAAGCUUGAAAGCAAGAAAAAAUCUGUUAUUGUUGUAAAAUUCAUGAGUUAUGAAACUAGUUCAAUACAGUUCAGUGUUGUUUCAAUGCAGUUAAAUGACUGUGUCAGUGUUUUAAAGUUAUGAAACAAGCUCUACAGAAGACGAUAUUGUCAUUAUUCAGCUCAGGUCAGUUCAAUGUUGAUUCAAUUCAGUUCGAUAACAGUGUCAAUGUUAGUCCUUAUCCAGCCCAAUUCAGUCUUCUGGCAGUGCAGUUAAAGGUAGGGUAGGCAAUUUCGGAGAGGCUAGCAAUAGCAAGCUAGCUUUGAAAGCAUGAGGUCCCACCCUCCCUUCAGAGCGUCUCCGAAGCCACGCCUCCUCCAAAACACACAAAAGCGCACAGCCAGAGCAGAGUCUGCGAAGCGUCAUGAGAGACAUAACAUUACAAUAAUAAGUAGAAUGUUUUUUGGUCCUGAGACUUCCACAGAAGAUAUAUGUACAUUUUUCUAUUAUUAAUUACUAUCAGAGAGUUUCAACCAGUAUAACUGUAGUGUUUAUGAAAAAACAUUGCCUACCCUACCUUUACCUUUAAUAUUAUACCGAUAAUGUUACUGAAUAUUCUUUCAGUUUGAUGAUUGCUGUCUUAAAACAUGCCAAUCUUUUCUGUUUUAUAAUCACCUGUUUUUCACCUGAACAUAUGUACAAAACCACUGUACGUUUAUGAAAAUUCGUAUUGUUUUUGUUUUGUGCAUAUUUUUCUGUCAUGUGUUUGACUGUGACAUUUGUUUAGAAGAUAUUUUUAUUUUUUAUUUAAUUUUGUAAUUUUUUUUAUUCAAUUUUGUUUAUUUUAUCUUAAUUUUAAGCAAUGUUGUUUACCGUUUCUAUUUGAAUCUCAAAGCAACAGUGUUGAAUAUUUUAUUUAUUCAUGAUCUUUUCUCCUUAGGAAGUUGUGAAACAGUGUUAGUAUAAUGCUGCUUGUUGCAACAGGGCAUUAUUCCCACAUAUUUGAGCAUUUGGAAUGGGAAGACUGGACUGUGGGAGGACUAGAAUGUGGCCUGAUUAGCCUAGACUAGUCUUCCAAAUGUAAACAACACUGUCAUCAGAAUGAUGAUGUUUUUAUGUAAUGUUCUUUCACAGCCAUUGUGGUUAGAAGCUGUUUCUGAACCUUUUAAGAGUAAACAGCCCACAAAUCAUUUAUAAAGAGCCCACAAAUCAUUUUUCAUCCAAACUGUGAGCUGAUCUUCUGUUCUGGUGGUUCAUAGAUAGGAUUACAAUGCAGUAAAGAGCCCACUCUGAGCUUGCAACUUUCAGAACUUGAGUUUGUUUUAUAAGGAGGGACGUCAAACUCACCCCAUUGUUAUUGUCAUUCACUGGACUCAGUGUCUCAUUCAAAUUACGUCAUUCAUGUCAUAUAGGUUCAUAGGUUUGUAUUCAAACAAAGUCUAUUAUUAAGGGUCUAUGGCAACCCUUAGAACUGCUUAAAAGAAAGUUUCAAACAAUUUUCCAGAAAAAUUUUUGGCCUAUUGAAAAUUUGUAGCAGUCUUUAUCACCAUGUUCUGAAAGUAUGUGAGAUGUUUGUGGACAGCGCCACCUACUUAAAAAACAAUACCAGUUUUUACUUGGUUGGCUAUGUCGCCUUAUAAGUUUUAUUGCAAAAUCUUUUUAACCAUUUGCUGCAGCAGGACGACACUUGGUAAGCAUCAUCAACACUAUGUUGUGAGGAUCUCUGAGUUGUUUUGGGACCGUGCCACCUAGUGAUCGUUUUUUUCUAAUCCUAUAAAUCCUAAAAUUCCAAUCCAAUCCUACUUUAAAUCAUUAAUAUUCAGAGCACUCUAGACAAACUCUAUUCAACCCAUCUGGCCCAUCUAGCAGCAACAGCAUUUCUAUGCUUGUGUGAUGUCUCUUAAGGCAGCUGUCAGUUAUGGCAGUACUGUGGUGUGGUGGUUGAAGAUCUGGGCUGUGUCCGAAAUCGCCCCCUAUACCCUUAAAUAGGGCACUAUUUGAGGGGACAGCCAUUUGUAGUGGUGUCCGAAACCAUAGUGGACAUUAUCGUGUGCACUCAUUCAAUCCCACAAUGUACUGCAAUAAUGAGUGUACAACCGAUUGACGCUCAACGGCUAGAGAAUACCCAUAAUGCACUAUGAGAGUUGUACGGCGAAUGAAUUCCCGCGUCUGACCAGAAGAUGGCACCCACAGCUGAAUCAUCCAUCCAUCCAUUUUCCAAACCGCUGAUCCAGUGUGGCUACUAGGCUAAUAGGUUAUUAAAUUGUUUAAUUAAGGUUUAUACAUAGUUUCCAUGACAGAGUUUAAGGUAAAUCUUUGCAGUUUGCUAAGUUUACAAUGAUUAUUAAACAGCAAGCGCAAACUAUGCAAAAGCACUCAGUGUCCGAAUUCACUCAUGAUGCAAAGCAUGCUGGGAAUUAGAAAUCUGCUGAAACUCAACUCAAUCAUAUUAAGUUCAGCUUACUACAAUGAAAUUGAGUUCACACAACUUUUUUCUAUUAAGUACAAUGAACUUUCAUUAUUAUUUGAGUGAAACAAACUCACAUUCACUCCCUCAAGUGGACUAUAUUAGUGGACUAAUGUAGGGAAUAGUGAAUGAGGGUAUAGGGGGCAAUUUCGAACACAGUCCUACUUCUGAAAGUUGCGGGGUUAAAACCGUUCAUGAUGCACCUCAUGAACCGUCCCAGUUUUGUAGUGUACACUUUAAUCAUUUUCAUCCAGGUUCAUCUUCAUGCAGUACAACAGAUAAAUGUUGUAAAUGAUAAAUGUAAAGAAAUACUGUCACUGUAUAAGGUCACUCUAAAAGGGUUAGUUCACCCAAAAAUGGAGUCAUUUACUCACCUUCAUGUCAUUCCAAACCCAUAAGACUUUCAUUCAUCUUCUGAACACAAAUGAAUCUCUCAUCAUUUUUGCCUAUGCAUUAAAAGUCCACUCAACUAAAAUUUGUACACAAAAGUACAAAAAGACAUCAUAAAAGUAAUCCAUAUGAAUUGAGUGGUUUAAUCAAAGUUUUGUGAAGAGACACAGAUUCAAUUUGGGCUUUUAUUGACAUACAUAGAGCUCAAAAAGAAGCUCAAACAUGCUUGCUUGAUGUGAAUAAAAGUCUAAAUUAAAUCUGUUAAUAAGUGAUCGUUUAUCUUCAGAAGUCAUUGAUUAAACCUCUCAAUCCAUAUGAAUUACUUUAACAAUGAAAAUUUUGGUAGAAUGGACUUUCAAUGGAGAGAGAAAUGAUGAGAGAAUAUUAAAGUCAUACAGGUUUGGAAUAACAUUAGGGUAAAUGAUGACAGAAGUUUCUUUUUUGGGGGGGUUAACUGAAAAAUAAUUUAUUAAAUGGAUAAUCUCUUUUUCUCUCUGAAUAUGCAUGCUUAUUUAUGCAAAACAAACACAGAUAUCAAGAAUGUCUUCUAGAUUAUGCCACAGACAGGCUUUAUACUUUUUGUAGCAAAUGCUUCACCUCAUCCUUAGUUCAGAUGAGGUGUGGAAGGUGUGUAGUUGGAUUUUCAAGGCAAAUGAAUACAGAAUGCCAUUAGAUGCACAAAAAACAAACCAAUACAAUUGAACAAAGCCUCUUCAUUUUACUAUAUUUUAAUGGUCAGCUUUUAUUACUCAUUGGUUGUCUCAUUUUCAUUCCAGGAAUUUCUCUCUGAAGCAGGGAGUGUCUGCAUACAAAAUGCUCUGCAGUUCUCUGCUUCAUAGAUGCCUCAUCCGCCUCUUCUGCUAUGAGCACGGGAAGUCCUCGCAGUGCUUUUCCCACCUCUUCCACCUCAGCUUCAGAACGGAUGGCCGUGCAUGACAGCAGCACGCCAGGAGAUGUUAGCAGUCGAAGGAAAGCCGAGGAAAACAAGCUUUCCGGCAGAGAAAAAGGUGGCCAGCAGACCCAGCAGCAACACCAGAUGACACCCUCCAAACGGCCUGUCCUCAACAUCUCGCCUCCACCCGAGGACCUGUUCGAUGACAGCCAAAUGUCCUGCCAGGAUGAGCUGCUUCAUGACUCCGAGCAGAGUAACAGCAUCUGGAUGGAAAACUCUGUCUCCAACUUCAGCAUUGUCAGCUCCAGCUCCUACAAUGACAACACUGAAGUGCCCCGCAAGGCCCGUAAGUGUACCCCACGACAGAAGCCGGGAUCAAAGCCGGUCCCUGCUGAAGAGGCCAGCAUGGAUGUCUUUGAUGCAGAUAGCGCCAAAGGUCCACACUUUGUGCUCUCACAACUUGGCCCAGACAGCAAGGCCUGUUCCAAAGCAAGCUCCGAUGGGCCACAAGCAUCUGGUCUCAAAGGUGAGAUACUGUCUUGUCAGUAUCCUCAGAAAAGUGAAGGGAAAGAACUGAAGAUUGUGGUUCAGCCUGAGACUCAGCAUAGAGCGCGUUACCUGACUGAAGGCAGCCGUGGGUCUGUGAAAGACCGAACACAGCAGGGUUUCCCUACUAUCAAGCUUGAGGGUGUGAAGGAGUCAGUGGUCCUGCAGAUUUUUGUGGGCAAUGAUGCUGGACGUGUGAAGCCCCAUGGGUUCUACCAGGCUUGCAGAGUUACAGGCCGGAACACAACAGCCUGUAAGGAAGUGGACAUUGAAGGCACCACUGUCAUCGAAGUGCCUCUAGAUCCCAGCAGCAGUAUGAUUCUGGCUGUAGACUGUGUGGGGAUCCUGAAGCUCAGGAAUGCCGAUGUGGAGGCCCGUAUUGGGGUGGCUGGAUCUAAGAAGAAGAGUACCCGUGCCAGACUGGUGUUUCGAGUCAACAUCCCACGCCCGGAUGGCUCUGUGCUCACGUUACAGACCUCGUCGUCUCCCAUACUGUGCACCCAACCUGCAGGAGUACCUGAGAUUCUCAAGAAGAGUUUACACAGCUGUUCGGUUAAAGGGGGGAGUGAAGUGUUUAUUAUUGGAAAAAACUUUCUCAAAGGAACCAAGGUCAUAUUUCAGGAGAAUGCUUCAGCAGAUGAUAAGUCCUGGAAGGCAGAGGCUGACAUUGACAUGGAGUUUUUCCAUCAGAAUCACCUUAUUGUCAAAAUUCCUCCAUAUCAAAAUCCAGCUAUCACAUCUCCUGUAUCUGUUGGUAUCUAUGUUGUUACAAAUGCCGGACGGUCCCAUGAUGUUCAACCAUUUACAUACACUCCAGAGACAGCUGUUGAUCCUUCUGUGAAAAAGGAAGUCUUGCCUCCAGUGACACCUUGUUGUUUUGAACAAAUAAAAGUAAUCGAUACUGCCUUGAUGACUCCAGUUUUGCCUCUUGUUAAACGAGAAGAGGCCACACCAAUGGAGGUCUCCAGUAACCCCUCUGCCUUCAAGGUUUGUACCUCUGAAGUCAUCAAUUCAGCCCAGCAAGCCUUAGACAUGAGUACUGAGAUCUCCACCAAUAACUGCAAAUUUUCCAGUCCGCUGGCACACCAAACAAGAGAACAGGAUCAAUCUCCGAAUUCUGUCUUUUCCAACAAGGAACCAUUCAGCACCAUCCAGGAACAUAAUCUUCCACCUAGCGGCUCUUUCCAUGUGCCUAAUAAAUCUCUUCUCCAGCAAGGAGUUCAGCCAUUCCUCUUGGAACACAGAGACAGUCUUGGACAGGAGAGAUCAGGCAACAGUGGCGGAUCAGUGGUGGGGAUGUCCCAAAUAGAUGACAACCCGCAGCAACAGCUCUCACUUCUACCUCCAGAUGAGGUGGCACAACUGGAGCAGGCUGUGCGGCAGCUGCAAGCAAAGGGAUUCUGCAACAUCCAACUCCAGAGUGAGAAUUCACUCUCAAAGCAAAGACAACAUCAACUUCAACAGCAGCAGCAGCAAAUCCAACAACAGCAGCAGCAAAUUCAGCAACAACAGCAGCAAAUUCAGCAACAGCAACAGCACAUCCAGCAUCAAGAGCAGCAAAUCCAGCUGCAACAGCAGCAACACCAGCAGCAGCAAGCUCUGGAGAACCUUCAACAUCAGCUUUUUCAACCCCAGGUUCAGAUUCAUUGUAGUUCAGAGCAACAGAGCUCUUCCCAGGGAAUGGUGCAGAAUGGAAGUUCCCUCUUCCAGCAAACCCCAUCACAACAACAGCAGCAGCAGCAAGCAACCUUGUUUCAACAAGCAACUGGCUUUCUUCAGCAGCAACCCAGUCAUUCCACACCUUCCCUGUUUCACAACCCUUCGGCCAUGACCGAAGCCCAAAGCCCGCAGGAGGCUCUUUUCCACACACAGAAGACCUCACCCAACCAGGAUCAGGUCCAAGCUUCCCUUUUCCAAAGCAAUCUCACGGUUCUCAGUGGGUCCAACAUGUCUGUAGAAGCUCAGCCCUCUGCAACCAGUAUGUUUCUUUCCCAGAAUGCUGUACCAGCUCAACUUGCUGUUAAUGCCAGUCAGCCACAGCAACUGGCUUUCCUUACUUCUAUGCAGGGGACUCUUGAGGCCCAAUCUGUAUUUCAGACUCCAACCCAACUGUCCCCCAUUCAGCAAGGCACUCCGAUGGAGCAGCAGCAGUCACCACAGCAUGCCCAACCAGGCUCCAUUUUCCAGAGUAUCUCCCAAUCACCAAGCAAACUCUCCCCUGGUCAGCAACAGCAGGCUGGUCUACUCCUUGGGUCCUUAAAUUCUCCAGUAACACAAGAGCAAACCUCAAAUCUGUUAUUCGGUGGACAAGUUCAGAUAGGAUCGAUGAACAACAGCAGCCUAGCUUCUCCAGAACAACAGAGCACUUCCCAUCCCUUCUCUCAGGCCAGCAUGGUUACAGUCAGGCAGCAGGAGUCAUCUAAACCCAUGACAUUUCAGGAUCAGACUAGUAUGGUGGUCAACCCAUCCUCGAAUAAGCCCAUUUUCCAAGACCAGCAACCAAUGCAGUUGGCACCAAGUUCUGGUACAGGCCCUUCACAGUCUGUAAACCUCUUCAUGGCCCAGUCCAACAUGCAAGGGGGUAUGGCUUCUCAAGAAACCCUUUUUGCACCACAGAGUGAUGUAACCGGAAUUCAAACCAGCUCUUCCUCUCCAGUACAACAGCCUGGUCAACUCUUUCAGACUACAAUGGAUGGAAGCCUCAACCAGCCCAACCAGAAUCAGCAGCCCGACCUCUUCCUUUUUGAGAUCCAGAAUGAGUGCCGUCAGCUGAUGAACAGCCAAGGAUCUACACUGUCUGAUCAGAUCAUUGCCAUCAGUCAGUCUGGACAGAGCCAGCAAGAAAGUGAGGGUCAAAUCCAGUCUUUACUUGGGCAGUCCAUGCCAGACCCUGGAAAUGUGCCGAGCACCUUGACAACCUCUCAGAACAUGGAGAAGAUUGAUGAUCUUCUGGUGAGCCUUCAGGAGCAAGGCAAUAACAUCUCCCACUCCUACUAGGGUCUUCAAGGUUUAGCUGCUCAAUAGCUCCAUUCCAUAUGAUUGUAGAUAUUUCUUGCACACAUAUUGGAUAUUUUGGUAUCCUUUAUUUUGGAUAUUGCAAAAAUAUAGGAUUGGAGAUACUUUGAUCAUACCCCUUACAAGAAAUACCAAGAGUAGGCCAUUCACUUUUAUUUCACGCUACACAUUGACACUGAGAAAGUAGAGUCGCCUGUUGAAAUAUUUGGCAAAAUCUCUUGAAGAAUGACAACUAAAUCCAUGGUAUACAAAUUCUGACCUGCAAUUUGUAGGCACAAUGGCAGAACCCUCUGGAGAACCUUAAAGAAGGGCAAUUUUCCAUGGAACUUAGAAAAUGCAACCCAUAUGUUCCCUCUGUAAAGACUGUCACUGGUUCUGCAGCAACCCCAUCAUAAAUAAAGGCUUUAAGGCAGUUAUUGAAGUUCCUUGAGUACAAAAUAGGAUAUUUGAGGCACCUGGAAACCUAGAGAUUCUCAAAAGGCUUUCAUUGGUGUGGCAGUCUGAGGAACUAAAAUGGUGCCUUGAGUAUCUCUUUAUUUUUACAGUGACAGAGAGAGCAUUUUGAGAAGAUCAGGACACAUGGGACUACUGGAGUUAUGCCUGAACGUGAUUUGCAGACACCCCACUUUCUCAGUGAGCCUUGGUUAACUUUGUGAUGUCUAUUUUUAGCAAAUAAUCAAGAAUGCCUGAUAGAAGCAGUCUGCAGUGACAUUUUUAUUUUUUGUAAACAGUCAUUAAUACCUUUUUGUCUGACACACCUGAGUAUCUAUAAGCUAUUUUUCUUUUUGAAAAAUCUUUUAUUUAGACAAAUGGGGAAAUAAAUUGUGUAGAAUAUACAUAUUAUGUACAUUUACUUAGAAUAUAAUUGAGAAAACAAAUGUGUUUUGGCAUUUUCCUUCUAGCACUUUAUAUAUGUUUUCAGUGUGGUUAGUUAUUCCUGACUCAUUGACAUUUCAUCAAGAUUUCUAUCUCAAACUAUGUUUACUGUAUACAUAAUUCUACUGUCUUUCAUCCCUGUCUAUUUUAGACUAAUUCUUAUAAUACUACCAAUUAGAAAUGCACAUUCCUGUUUAAAAAUCAGACUAGCAGUUAUCAGUAAUCUAAAAAAACAAAGCUUCUGAUAUUUAUUUUUGAUUUUGUUUUACCUAAGUCAUUUCUUGCCAUCUUAUUUAGAUCGGUUUCUAUGUUUUGCAUGUCUGAGUGUCCUAUAUACAUGUGUAUGCUUGACAAAUUUUCUGAUAAUACCUCUAAAAGUGUGUCAUUAUUAAAUUUAUUCUUAUAAUGAUUCUAAAAUAUUGACAGUUGAUGCUCAAAUCAUUUUGUGUCAUCGUGGUAGGUUAUUUUAUUUUAUUUACCAGUGUCUGGUACGCUGGAACAGGGCUGAUUGCAUUUUUUUGGCAAAUUAGAAGGGAGUGUCCAACCAGUAUUAUCGACAAGUUCUCUAAAUAUACAGUGAAUACAAAUGCUACAUAUGCUGGGGAAGCAACCCUUUAUCUUUUGUAGCAGAAAUUGUUUUUAUCCGUCACUUAUACUUAAAUCCUACUAAAAUCCAUUGGCAUGUCAAAAACUGAAGAUCAUGUCAAAUAUUGUAUGUACUUUAUCAAAAAUUGGUCAGUUUUGUGGCUCAGUUGGUUCAGUGUUUGUGUAUUCGGUAAUGAAGUGAGUUUAUGAAUGUAGAGAAACAUUAUGUGAGCUAUAUAUUUCUGGUAAUAUCAAGCUCAUGUAUGUGUUGUAGUGUCAGACAUGAUGUAAAGCUGCCAAACUAGUUUGUGUGCUUAAUAUUAGGGUGAUGUGAUGUUAGUUGGCAGAUUGUUUUGUUGUUAGCAUAAGGGUGAAAAUGUAUACAUUAUGAGGGAGCUGUUCUCUGUAAUGUCACAGAAAUGGCUCAUUUGAGCCUGCUAUGUUUGGUAUUCAAUGUCAAUUUUUUUUGACCAUUUUCUUUGCUCAGAAUCUUGGGUGAUUUUUAUGCCUACUUUUUAGUAGAGACUAUUUGAUCCUCUUUUUUUUGGAGAAGUUUUGCUUGAAGGGUGCUUUUUUUUUUAUAUCUCUGCAUGGGGAAGAACUGUGAACGGGAACUGGAAAAAAAGUCUUCAUCUCUGUACAAUACUAAUUGUUAUUUUUUUCCAUAAUACUCGAUAUUUAUGUGAAUUUACUUUUUCAGCAGACCUCUUUUUAGAAAAUAUUUAUUUUUGUGUCUCAAGAAUUCUCAAAAUUAGAAUCAAUGCAUAUUAGAAUUUGAUUAAAAUGCAUAAUAAUAACAUAUUUCUUUUAUGUCAUAUCUUUUAAAGAAAAAUGUGUGUGUGUAUCCCAUAUAUUAUUGUAACAUCAUGGUUAGGCUAUAGAGACAUUGUUGAGAAUCAUUAUUAUAAUGCACAGUGAUUUGGUUGUACAUUCCUGUACUUUCACUAUAGCAAAAGGAUCAUGGUUCUCAACUGAGCUGGAUUUUUAUAGGAUUUAUAGUAGAAAUUAUAACUCUGGUCAGAACUGGACUUACUAUAAUGAUUUCAUCAAUCUUUUGGGAAAUAUAAGCCAUAUAAACAAACGUUGCCCCUAAAAAUUCUAUUUUGUAUGAUUCUUGGGACCAAUUAUGAAUUAUUUAUAGUUCAAUUUAAAAUCUAAUCAUCUGUUUUGGGUGACAUAACAUUUAUAAAUUAAAACAAAAUGUAAUAGGAAAACAAGUGUGUAGGUACAGUGUCUGUUCUUUUGUAGUUUUUUUUUUUUUUUUUUUUUUAAAUAUAAUAAAAGUCAGUUUAAUAUUGCAAGUGAGGUUUUGCAUAUCAAAAACUUUCAUUUAUUUAUAUAUUGAGACAUACAUUCUUCCUACUCAUCCCAGUCACUAAAAUUCAUACCAAACAAUGUGCCUCUAAAUUUACUAAAACCAAAUAAUUUUUAUAUUGGUUGCAUGGCGUGAUAAAUAUACAGUAAUUAGUUGUGCCUUCGGAUUUGUAUUUAAAAGCAGAUAAUUUCCUGGCCAUUGCGUAUUUUGACUGCUCAUGAAACGACACCCCUUUAAAAUUUGUUCCACAAUGGAUACAUAGGCUAUGUGUUGUAUGUUUCACCUUAAAGGUGCAUUUCUGAGCGAUUUCUGAGAAACACUGUUGAUAUUUGAAAUCAACCAAAACAAACACGCCGUUCCCUUCAUUGCUCCACCCCCAAAAUGCACGAACAGGCAAUGCAAGAGUGGAUGUCUCUUUAUCAUAGCAGCAGAAGCGAAGCAAAAUAAAGCAAAGAUGACAAACGAAUUUGACAAGGAAGAACAAAAAAUGGAUACACAGUAAAUACAAGCAAGAGUUCAUUGUUAGUCACCAGCAGCACACACUCAAAACCAAUGUAACUCACGUAUGGAGCAGAAACAACGCAACCUCGGCGUCCGAUUUCAGGCCUUCCCGCUUCGGUGUUUCCAGUGCUGGAAAGCUUUUCUUGCCUGAUUAUAUUCCUUCUUUUUCCAGUGAUAUUCUUCUGAGCUUUUCUCUUUUGUAAUGUCUCUCAGCCAUCUCUCUUUCUACAGUCUUGCUUCAAAUCUCCCUCUUGCUAGCUCUCUCUCCUCCCCAAGCGUGCCACACGAGUCCUGAAGGGUGAAGCCAAAGCGUCUCGAUCGCCCCCAGGUGGCUGGAAGCAGUAUAGGUCAUAAACCCCGCCCUCUCCAUGAAAUGUAAUGGGACGCGUGACAAACACAUUGGUGUUAGUUCAAGUGUUCGUUCUUUAAAUAAGUUUGGUUUUAUUUAGUUAUUUGAUGCUAUAAAAACGGGGGUGAGACGUCAUGAUUGACAGCUUCUCUGAGUGAAGUAGUCACUGAGACUUUUUUCUGGAUCUUCGCAGGGAGAUUGGAGCUUUAACUUUAAUUUCUACAUUUCCAUAACUGUUUAUUUCACACCGACAUGAGUUGUUCUGAGUGUGGCCGGGGACCUUGAUAUCGCGUCUCCACUUCGCGCUCACUACUGCCAAAGCCACUGGAAGGCAAGCCUGCAACCUUUAGCCAAAAAACGGCUAAUGCUAACGCUCCGGCUGUGGCGGUAUGCAGGGAAGGAGACCAGAGGCAGUACGCAGGGAAUACAUGAUAGGCUGAGAGGUGCUGCACGUGAUUAAGUUAGCCGUAGCUUUCUCCAAUCGUAAGAGUUUCAGACCCUCUCAUCUCCCAGUAAUAAUUUACGAUCUCUGCUACUGCGCAGACUCGGACUCAAGAUGUCAGCGCCAUAUUGGCACACUGGCAGCUUCAGUUACUACAAUGGAAGAGAGUGAAGGUGUCGUCCAUCUUUUUUUACAGUGUAUGCUCCUCCCCCGUCGUGAGUGGACACGCCCCCUACUGCUGAUUGGCUACAAGUUUGUUGUGGUGCUCAGUCCGAUCCAUUUUCAACAGCGUUUUUUUCGGAAAUCGCUUGCUGCUCCUUUAAAUUGAUUAGAUAAAGAAUAAGUAAUAUUUUUCUUACAAAAACCCACAAUUCUUUUUUUUUUUAAUAUAUGCUUCUUUUUUAAUUUUUUUUUUUUUUAAACUGAUAUGCAGUUAGACUGAGUGCAUAUUCAUUUGGACCUCUUUAAUCCUUUAGCAAAGAGGAACUUUGUUACGGUUCUGCUGCUUAUUAAUGUAUGGUAAUUCCUAAUGUGCCAUAAUGAAUGUCAAUAUUAUGUCAGUCUUAUGGCAAUAUACUUUAAUAUGUCAGUUCGCUAUAUUGUGUUGUCUGAUUUGGAAGUCUCCGUUGUAUGCAAUAAAAUUACUUCUGACAUAAUUGUGACAAUUUAGGCUACAAAAUAUCAUGUAGAAGUAUUUUGCUUUUGUUGGGGCAUUUUUACUCUUGCAGCUAUUUUUCUGUAAAUUUGCUGCUAUGCAUCAAUAAAAAUAGGUUAAAUAAAAAUAAUUAGAGAGUUGUGAUUUUGUUGUUAAUCAUGCUUUUGGUUCUGAAAAUCAGUACUAUAUUUAUUCCUGCAAUACCAGCAUUUCUAGGUUUUUUUUUUUUUUUUUUUUUUUUUUUUUG